CGCCGCCGGGCUGCCAUGUAUAUGCUAAGCGCCCUGAUAGGGCUCUCGGUGCACCGCUGGCUCGGCAGAGACAAGAAGCAGAGGGAGGGACGGGGCGAGACGCCGGCCGCGGAGGCGGCUCGUGGCGCCGGGAGGUCUCGCUGCCCUCCCGCUUGCGCCCCGCGAAGCCACCCGGGCGCCGGAGGCUGGUUCAGAAAGGUCCACCCGGGUGCUAAGGCGGCCCGGCCCGGCGCGCAGGCGCCGAGCUGCCGCUGCACCCGGGCCCCCCGUGCCAUGAUCACCUCCCGCCUGAGCUGGGAGCUGGGACCCUCCGCGAGCGACGCGUGGCCGAAGAAGGACCUUCCCGCGGCGGAUGUCAGAGCUGAGGCGUUGAGAAACGGAUUCGGGAGCCGGCGCAUAGGCCGUGGGCAGGAUUCCCUUGGCGUGAGUGAGGAGGCCGCCUCCGCCCCAGUUCCCGCGUUGCCUGCUCUCGUCCAGCCGAAAAUCCUCAGCGUGAGCUGGCCGGAGGCUGCAAGUCCGCACAGUCUCUGCCUGACCCUGCAGGCUUUGCAGGAGGCGGCACGCCAGGGGCAGCCGCGGCAGGAGGAAGGCAGCCGCCGGCCCCCGCCGCGGGACACGCCGGCAGCCCCCGCCAUGAGCCUCGAGAAACCAGGUGGGAGGCUUUACAGCGGGAAACGCGCCAGCCUGCCAGGAGCGCGGCAGUUCCCGGUGAUCCAGAAGAUGGUCGAAUCCAUGGCUCACCUGCAGGAGGAGAAGCUGCGGCUGCAGCAGGAGCUGCUGGCUCUGCAGGAGAAACUCUCCACCCGGGAAAACGAAGAAAUCGCUGUGUCCGUCCAGCUGCAAGGCCAGGUUGAAAAUUUGAAGGCGAAUCUGCUGGAUCAAGCCGAGGAAAUCAGCAGGCUCCGCUCGGAGCUGGGCGGCACGGACCUGGAGAAGCACCGCGACCUGCUGGCGGCGGAGAACGAGCGCUUGCGGCAGGAGAUGAAGGCCCGCGAGGGCGAGCUGCGGGCGCUGCGGCAGCAGCAGGCGCCGUGCCUGGCCUGCGAGCACGUCCAGGAGAACGGCAGGCUGCAGGAGCGGCUGGCGCAGCUGCAGCGGGAGGUGGAGGAGGCGCGGGCCAAGCUCUCCGAGCUGGACCUCGAGGUGCAGCAGAAGACGAACCGCCUGGCCGAGGUGGAGCUGCGGCUGAAGGACUCCCUCGCCGAGAAAGCCGAGGAGGAGGAGCGGCUCAGCCGGCGCCUGCGCGACAGCCAGGAGACCAUCGCCAGCCUCAAGUCGCAGCCCCAGCAGGUCAAGUACAUCAUCAAAACGGUGGAAGUGGAGUCAUCCAAGGCGAAGCAGGCGCUGUGCGAGAGCCAGUCCCGAAACCAGUACCUGCAGGAGCAGGUGGGGAUGCAGAGGCAGGUGCUGAAGGAGAUGGAGCAGCAGCUGCAGGGCUCACAGAAGACGGCUGCGCAGCUCCGCGCGCAGAUCAUGAUGUACGAGGCCGAGCUGGAGCGGGCACACGGGCAGAUGCUGGAGGAAAUGCAGGCCAUGGAGGAUGAGAAGAACCGAGCUAUCGAGGAGGCGUUUUCCCGCGCUCAAGUGGAGAUGAAGGCGGUGCACGAGAACCUGGCGGGGGUUCGGACCAACCUGCUCACACUGCAGCCGGCACUCCGCACCCUCACCAACGACUACAACAGCUUGAAGCGGCAGGUCCGCGACUUCCCCCUGCUCCUCCAAGAGACCCUGCGGAGCGCCAGGUCGGAGAUUGGACAAGCCAUCGAGGAGGUGAACAGCACCAACCGGGAGCUCCUGCGGAAGUACCGCAGGGAGCUGCAGCUCCGCAAGAAGUGUCACAACGAGCUGGUGCGGCUCAAAGGCAACAUCCGCGUGUUUGGGCGAGUCCGUCCCAUAACGAAGGAGGACGGGGAAGGCGUGGAGGCAGCCAACGCGGUGACGUUUGACCCUGACGACGACGCUGUGCUGCACCUCCUGCACAAAGGGAAGCAGGUGUCCUUUGAGCUGGACAAGGUCUUUCCCCCGCAAGCAAGCCAGGAGGACGUAUUUCAAGAGGUUCAGGCGCUGGUCACCUCCUGCAUCGACGGCUACAACGUCUGCAUAUUUGCCUAUGGGCAGACAGGGGCGGGCAAAACGUACACGAUGGAGGGAACGUCUGCAAACCCCGGCAUCAACCAGCGGGCCCUGCAGCUGCUCUUCGCCGAGGUGCGGAGCAAGGCGGCCGACUGGGACUACGCCAUCACCGUCAGCGUGGCCGAGAUCUACAACGAGGCGCUCAGGGACCUGCUGGGGAAGGAGCCUCAGGAGAAGCUGGAGAUCAAGCUGUGCCCGGACGGCAGCGGGCAGCUCUACGUGCCCGGGCUCACCGAGUUCAGGGUGCAGAGCGUGGAGGACAUCAACAAGGUCUUCGAGUUCGGCCACGUCCACCGGGCGACGGAGUGCACCAACCUCAACGAGCACAGCUCCCGCUCCCACGCGCUCCUCAUCGUCACCGUCCGCGGGCUCGACCGCAGCACGGGGCUGCGCACCGCAGGGAAGCUGAACUUGGUGGACCUGGCUGGAUCGGAGCGGGUGGGGAGGUCGGGCGCAGAGGGGAGCCGGCUCCGCGAGGCACAGUACAUCAACAAGUCGCUGUCGGCGCUGGGGGACGUCAUCUAUGCCCUGCGCUCCCGGCAGGGCCACGUGCCCUUCCGCAACUCCAAGCUGACCUACCUGCUCCAGGACUCCCUCAGCGGAGACAGCAAAACCCUCAUGAUGGUGCAGGUCUCACCGGCCGAGAAGAACACCAGCGAGACGCUCUGCUCCCUCAAGUUCGCCGAGAGGGUUCGCUCCGUGGAGCUGGGCCCCGGGUCCCGCCGGGCAGAGCUGGCCUCCUGGCCCAGCCAGGAGCAGCUGGAGGGCGACUCGCCGGGGGCCGCGCCGCCCGCCGCACGGGGCCACUCGUCGCCCAGCCCGGGGCCACCGGCCGGCCGCGCCACCUCCAUCCGCAGGAAGCUCCAGACCUCAGCAUGAAUUAGGGGCGGCCCCGGCUCCCAGGGAAGCUGAGGCCGGUGCCCGUGUGAUGCAGCGCUGCGGACGACCGGUUGCUGCUCGAGAGGCGUGAAGGUGUCAGCACCGCCUCGGACAUGCGGUGCCGCGUAUCCUUUCAUUUGGCCUCACGGGUGGUUUUAGCUGCCCCGCGGGGGGGUGCGGGGCUGCUGGCUGCUCCCUCUGGCUCACCGGCUUCGCUUCGAGGAUGCUGAAGGCCGAAGGCAUUGACUCAAAGCUGGAGCAGGGCCUGUGCCGGCACCCGCAGGACUGUGCGCGGCUGGCAGCCUCGGCCUCCUCCUCCUCCUCCUCCUCACCGCCCGGACGCGGUGGUCCCGCCGGGGAGGCGGCAGCGGCUGCAACCGGUCCCAUUCCCUGCCUCAAGCCCGGGCACGGAUGCGGGCACGAGGUUAGCAGGCUCUGCCGGAGCUGGUGUAAAGUUAUUUAAGAGUUGUCAUGUCGCACGAGAUCACAGUGUGGUCGAGACGGAAGUGUUUGAAAUAUUUAUAUCCCCUUUACGUGGUCUUGGACUGAAAAGCAAGCGGCGGGGGGGGGAAUCCCCUCCAGCCCAAACCCCUCUUGGUUUAUAUAUACUGAAGGCUGGCAGGUGGCUGAGGGUGGGAUGGUCACAGGAGGGGGCACGUGUGCCCCAGUCCCCCUCCUGGGGUGCCCGUCUGCACUGCCAGGACCGCAGCCUUCAGUUAUGCUUCUUCCUACAACAACUAAGCGACUGCGUGCACUGAUGCCUCCUUCUCCCAACAGCCCUUUUCCGUGUUACUCUUCCGCCGCGUAUUCUAUUUAAAACAAAGGAAAAAUAAAUCUCACCUUUUGUAAGAUUAGAUGUUUCUAUGUAUUUUAAUAAUUAAUAAUAAAAAAAUCCUGUUUUGUAACAAAACUUAUUUUAAAUAAACUGUUGAAGCCA